AUGUUUGGACAUAGCUGCCUGCGCGAGAAGAGGUACCUAAUGGGUGGAAGCCUGUUGGGGGGUAUCAGAGGCCAGGUGCGCGUUGGAGGUGCAAGCAGUUUGGGAAGUUGCCCCCGGAUAAACAAGAAUGAUACAAAAUGGUAUGCAUCCUUUGUGGAGCAUGUUAUGGGUGGAGGAAGGUGUAGACCUGUGAGAAGUGAAUUCGUGAGGAGGCAUAACUUGAUGGCACCUGUUCGAAGGAUGAGUGGUGAGUCGAAUUACGCUAAAGGGGGGAGACCACCCCCAGGUGGAGGAGACCAAGGAAAGGAUGACCCAGACAUGAAGGGAAGUAGCAAGAGUGAAAAAAAAAAACAAUUGGAAGAAGAAAUGAAAAAAUUACAUGAACAAAUAGCAAAGGAAAAAGGGCACCAUAAAAAAGUGUUAGUCUUCAUUUUUACAUGUGUAGUAGGUUUAUAUAUGUACUUCGAAUCGUAUGACCCUGAAUUUUUUUUGUACGACAUAUUUUUGAAAAUUCUUUUAAAGUAUGUUGAUGGGGAGAUGUGUCAUGACCUUUUUCUGCUCAUGGGAAAAUACAAUUUGUUACCGUAUGACACAAGUAAGGAUAGCAUAUAUUCGUGUCAAUCGAUUAAAGGAUUGAACUUUAUGAAUCCUAUUGGAGUUGCAGCAGGAUUCGAUAAGAACGGGGUGUGUAUCGACAGCAUUCUUAAGUUGGGUUUUUCUUUUAUUGAAGUUGGAACCGUGACUCCUAAGCCUCAAAAGGGAAAUGAGAAACCAAGGAUCUUCAGAGAUGUGGAGACAAAAAGCAUUAUAAAUGCAUGUGGGUUUAAUAACAUUGGUUGUGAUGAGGUGAGUAAGAAUUUGAAGCGCUUUCGGGAGAAGCAGAGGACAGACAAGCUGCUUCAACAACAUAUCGUGGGGGUUAGUCUGGGUAAGAAUAAAGAUUCGCCUGAUAUUCUGGAGGACCUUAGUUAUUGCAUCGCGCGCGUUGGAAGGUACGCCGAUUAUAUAGCGAUCAAUGUGAGUUCGCCGAACACUCCUGGCCUGCGCGACAACCAGCAAUCGGAGCGUCUCCAGGGGAUUAUUCUUCGUGUGAAGGAGGAGAUAGGUAAGUUGGGCGGGGCGCAAGACGUUGCGGAUGAGCAGCCUUGGGUCAAUACGACCAAGCAAAGACCCCUCAUUUUUGUGAAGCUCGCCCCAGAUUUGGACGAAGGAGAAAAGAAAAAAAUUGCUAACGUGUUACUCAAAACGGAAGUCGAUGGGAUGAUUAUAUGCAAUACAACCACGCAAAAAUUUAACAUAAAAAAUUUCCAAGACAAAAAAGGAGGAGUCAGUGGAGCAAAACUCAAAGACAUAUCCACAAAUAUGAUUUCACAGAUGUAUAAUUAUACGAAUAGGAGGAUCCCCAUCAUUGCAUCUGGGGGUAUAUUUUCUGGGAGGGACGUGUUGGAAAAAAUUGAGGCCGGGGCUUCGGUAUGCCAGCUGUACUCUGGUUUGGUGUUUAAUGGGAUGAAGGCGGCCGUUCGGGUUAAGCGUGAGUUGGACCACUUGCUUUAUCAGCGGGGGUACUACAAGUUGGAGGACGCCAUCGGCAAGGCCCACCGGCGGGGCGCGUGA